UUUCGCGACUCAUGAUGACAUUCAGUUUUUUACAUUUCCGUGAAAUAAUUUUUUUUUAUUAUAUUUUCAACGUGCGCUUAUAUAUAAGAGUCGCGUGAGCCGGGUUCCUUCAUCGAGUUUCAACGAAUCGUGUGAUUCUGCUAACAUCGGUGAAAUAAGUGAUCGUCUGAUUUAUAAAAUCGAAGAUAUACGAUGUCUACUUCAACAAUGCCACUUAUAGAUCCUGAGCUUUUCAAAAUCUACUGUUUUUGGGGCAGUAUACUUGCUUUAAAGCUCAUAGUAAUGGUACCGCUAACAGCACGUUAUAGAUUUACAAAUAUGGUAUUUUCAAGUCCAGAAGAUGCAGCUUUUAAGAAAGGUUCCAAAGUUGUUUACAAUGACCCAGAUGUUGAACGUGUACGCAGAGCACACUUAAAUGAUUUAGAAAAUAUUCCUUUGUGGUACAUAAUAACGUUUAUUUGGCUCACUACUGGUCCAUCCACAUGGUUAGCCACAAUUUUAAUUAGAAGUUUCGUGAUUGCUAGAAUUAUUCAUACAGUAUCGUAUCUUGCUAAAAAGCAACCUCACAGAGCAAUCGCAUUUUUUGUAGGCCUCUUUGCUACCUUAUACCAAACGAUUAGUAUUUUACUAUAUUAUUUGUAAUCUAAAAAAUAUUCUAAAACUAUAUUUUUGUUACUUAGUAUAUAAAUAAGCUACUCGUUGUAUAACAAUGCUUUUGUUGAUUUUAAAUUUUAUACCAAUUUGUGCAUUUCAAAGAGAUAUAUAUUACAUAUUGCGUGAAUGUUGAAGGGACAAUAAAUACAACUAUAAAAACUUAUAUAAGUCAAAAACAAUUUGAAUUCUUAUAUUAAGAAAGAUAGGUCAUACAAUCAACAAUAAAAAACCAAUGUAUUUCCUUUAUCAUACAAAUUACUAUACGAUUAUGUAUUUUCUACUUUCUGUAUUUACUUUAGUACUUCAUAAGCAUUUACUUUUGUAUCAGUUUAAUUAUACAUAUAUUUGAUGUCACAUGUUUGGUAUGUACGAAACUUACAUUCCAAUUUUGCUUGUUCGAGAUUCUAACAUAAUAAAGGUUACACUAAUAGCAA